AAUACACAUAACCGCUCAUAUCAUAUGGGUCUCUCUUUUAAGCGAGGAGCUUGAAGAAGAGAGGUUGACGUAAACGCCGUUGACCCACUUCCGUAAUUUUUCGAUUUUCCAGUUCAUAAGCCUGAGUAUUCCAUCUAUAGCCUCUUCACUUACUUCGUUCGAGGAUUCGUCACACUGUAAGCUAAGUAUCCAAGGGUUUGGCUGAUGGCAUUCAGCCAUGAUAAUCGUGUAAGGUUCGAAGAUGAAGACAGAUCAUUAUCCUCUGAGUAUGGUCAUGGAAGAAAAGCUAGACCUUCUUUAGACAGAGUUUUGAAGAAUGUGAAGUGGGGAUUUGAGAAAGGUUCAGAAAAAAUCAAAACUUUCAAGAAGCCAUUAAGUUUCCGUUCGCAUAAUAAGGAUCCUGACCACAAGAUCCUGAAGGAAACUUCUGGUACUACUAAGAAGAACAUCAUUAACCCACAGGAUUUGUUUCUGCAGAACUGGAACAAAAUAUUUCUCUUUGCUUGUGUGCUUGCUUUGGCGAUUGAUCCGCUGUUUUUCUACAUUCCCAUUGUCGAUGGCACCAGGCACUGUCUUACUUUGGACUCAGAGUUGGAGAUAGCUGCGAGUUUGCUACGUUCACUCAUAGAUGCCUUUUACAUAAUUCACAUUGUGUUUCAGUUCAGAACAGCUUACAUCGCUCCUUCUUCCCGGGUGUUUGGCAGAGGUGAACUGGUGGAUGAUGCUAAGGCAAUAGCUUUAAAGUAUCUCUCAUCUUACUUCAUUAUUGAUAUACUUUCUAUCCUUCCUCUCCCACAGAUAGUAGUCUUAGCUGUUAUUCCAAACGUCAACCAGCCAGGCUCUUUUCUCACAAAAGAUUACCUUAAAAUUGUCAUAAUUGCUCAAUAUGUUCCUAGGAUUAUCCGUAUGUAUCCGCUUUACACGGAAGUGACCAGAACAUCCGGCAUUGUUACUGAAACAGCAUGGGCUGGAGCUGCUUGGAACCUCUCUCUCUAUAUGUUAGCCAGUCAUGUGUUUGGAGCUUUAUGGUACUUAAUCUCAGUAGAACGAGAAGACAAAUGCUGGCAAGAGGCAUGCGAGAAAAAAGACGGUUGUAGUUUAAGGGUUCUGUACUGUGACGAUAAGGGUAAUACUAGAAACGAUUUCCUCAACGGUUCUUGCCCAUUUCUCGACCCUGAUGAGAUAACGAACUCAACCUUCAACUUUGGCAUCUUCAUUGAUGCUCUAAAGAGUGGGGUUGUUGAAUCACAUGAUUUCUGGACGAAAUUCUUCUACUGCUUUUGGUGGGGACUUCGAAAUCUAAGUGCACUGGGACAAAACCUCCAAACAAGCAAAUUUGUUGGUGAAAUCAUCUUUGCUAUAUCAAUCUGCAUAUUUGGACUAGUCUUAUUUGCGUUACUUAUCGGCAAUAUGCAGAAAUACUUGGAAUCAACAACAGUUCGAGAGGAGGAAAUGAGGGUGAGAAAGAGAGAUGCAGAGCAGUGGAUGUCUCAUAGAAUGUUACCUGAACACCUGAGGAAACGUAUCAGAAGAUAUGAACAAUAUAGAUGGCAAGAGACAAGAGGAGUUGAAGAAGAAACCCUUCUCCGUAACCUCCCUAAAGACCUAAGAAGAGAUAUUAAACGCCAUCUUUGCCUCGAUCUCCUCAAGAAAGUACCUUUGUUUGGGAUAAUGGAUGAGCAGUUACUUGACGCUGUUUGCGAUAGGCUAAGACCUGUGCUCUACACAGAGAACAGUUACGUGAUCCGUGAAGGAGAUCCUGUAGCGGAAAUGCUGUUUGUGAUGAGAGGAAGGCUUAUAAGCGCCACCACUGAUGGAGGAAGAACUGGGGUUUUCAAUGCCGUGUAUCUGAAGGCAAGUGAAUUCUGUGGUGAAGAUCUUCUGCCGUGGGCACUAGACCCUCAAUCUUCUUCUCACUUUCCCAUCUCGACAAGAACAGUUCAAGCUCUAACCGAAGUUGAAGCCUUUGCUCUUAGGGCUGAGGAUCUCAAGUCUGUCGCUUCACAAUUCAGACGCCUCCAUAGCAAGCAGCUCCAACAUACUCUCAGGUUUUAUUCGGUGCAAUGGAGAACGUGGAGCGUAUCUUUCAUACAAGCAGCUUGGCGUAGAUACUGUCGGAGGAAGUUAGCCAAAUCAUUAUGCGAUGAAGAAGAGCGUCUCCGAGACGCGCUCGCUAGUCAAAAUAGAGAACGCAACGCUGCAACGGCGUCUUCGUCCUUGAGCCUUGGAGCCGCUAUUUACGCGUCGCGUUUCGCUUCAAACGCGCUUCACAAUCUGAGGCACAAUAUCUCCAAUCUCCCUCCUCCCUACACUCUUCCUUUGCUACCUCAGAAACCCACCGAACCUGACUUCACCGCCAAUCCUACAACUGACUCUUAAAGUUUUCUACACGUGUAAUUGUGUAUAAAAGAUAAAAAGAAAAGAAUAAUGUAAAAAACGUUGGAUUGAACCAAAAAUAUAUAAAUUUGUUUGAUCAA